AUGGCCAAGAUCAAGAUUGUCAUAAAUGGGUUUGGAAGAAUCGGCCGCUCGGUGACUAGGGUUGCUCUACAAAGAGAUGAUAUCGAAAUCGUUGCUAUAAAUGAUCCUAAUAUCAACGCCAAGUAUAUGGUCUACAUGUUUAAGUACGACAGUGUUCACGGGAAGCACCAACAUGAACUUAAAAGAAAGUUGUUUAUGGUGGAUAGAUUUCAAAGGAAUGGGCAGCUGGUUGUAUACGACCUGAGUACGCAAAAGGGGACAAUCUAUCAUGUUGGGAACGUUGACCGUGUUUCUGCCUGUUCAGAGAGUUUAGUUUUGGUGAUAGAUGAUGUACGAGAUGAGCAAAAUAUGAUGUUUAGUGUUAUUGAAGAUCAUCUAUCGGAUCCUUAUUAUUGA